CAAAACUCUCAAGGGCAGACUUGCAAGGAAUGGCUAUUACUUGUAGAGAGAUAAGUAUCUAUCAUUUUCAGGAUGAAGACAAUAAUAAAACCUGUAUGAAUACCUUUAAUCAAACCUUAAGUUUUGAUAAACCAGGAGAUGUUAAUGAAUUUUCAAGUGCUGCUGUUAGAGACACAGAACAUGCAAGUGAUCAGGAAGAUGUUACAUCUAUAAAAAAGCUAGGAGACAGCUCUGAAACCUCAGGUAUAAGUUCAAAGUUACCAGAAGAUACAGAAGACACAAAAUUAACUACAGUAGAGAACACAAAUGAGGAUGAAUCAAAGCCUGAAGUGGAAUUGCAAUCACAGAAAUAUGCAGAAGGAAUAGAGUUAUCAGCUACAGAAUUGAAAAAAACUGAGAAUGAUAUGUCAGAAUUUGAUACACACUCUAUUGAUAAGAUCAUGUUUGAAUGUAGUAGUGCAGCUCAGCAGAUAAAAGACACUAUUUGUCAAGUUCUUAAAUCUCGUGAUGAGCAACCUAAUCAAGAAGGUCACUAUUCAAAACUAGAGGAAAAUAUCAAAGUAAAGAUUUCUGACUUAGAACAAGUAAUCAAAAGGAAUUCAUCAGACUGUGACAAAACUUCAACUUCUAGUAACUCUACAAGACUCUCAGAAGUACCUCCUCCUUGUAACAUAUCAGACUCUUCAGAUCCAGUUAACAAAGACCAAAAAACUGAAAAGAUUGAAAAGAAAUCUGUACAGUCAAAGUCAGAAAAUAAGAAGGAAAAGAAUAUAUCAAAGAAUGAAUCUUUCAAACAAAUAUUAACAGCUGAUAGUUUAGCAACUAAUACAACAUCUAGUACUAGUAUACCCAUAUCUGGUGAAAAAGAUAUAUACAUCUGUUCAAGAGAAGAUAGCCCUUCAUCUUUAAGUGAUCCUUCUGAUGAUGCUCAAGGCCAGGAGAAAACUCAGAAACAACCCACAAAAACAACAUCAAAAACUCAGAAAGGAGAAUCCACUAUCAAGAGAAAAGGAGAGAAAACUGUUGAACACAUUCUAAAAUCACUCACUAGUUUUUCAAGUACAGAAGAGAAGCUGAUGGCCUUGUGUAAAAAGCAGAUAGAGGUAUUAGAAGAUCAGCGAACACUGGAGGUAAAGUUGAAACAGACUGAAAGGCAUGUUCUACAGGUGACAAAAGAAAAAGAACAGCUCCAAGCAGAACACAACCGUACUGUGCUAGCCAAAAGUCGUCUAGAAAGCUUGUGUCGAGAAUUGCAACGGCAGAAUAAAGCUGUAAAGGAAGACAGUCUUUCAAGAAUCCGUGAAGAAGAAGAAAAACGAAAAGAAGUAGCAGGAAAGUUCCAGGCAACGUUGAAUGACAUUACGAAUCUAAUGCAAGACAACCAACAACGUUAUUCAAAACAGAGAGAAGAAAAUGGUGAACUAGCACAGAAACUGAAGUCCUUGGUUGAUCAUUAUGAAAUGUGGGAGAAGCACAUGGAGAAAGUUGUACGGCAGAAGGAGCUAGAAUCUCAGCUAGCCAAAGCCAAACUGGCUAAGGCUAGUAUAGAGCUGAAACAGGAACGAGAAAGUUAUUUAAACGAGAAGCAGCAACUACUAGAAAGUGUCAGUGAGCUGCAGAAACGUUGUGCAGAGCUUUCUUCCAAUGAAUUGAAGUUGCGUUCAGAAUUGGUGCUUUAUACUAACAAGUAUGAAGAGUUUCAAACGAUGCUUGCCAAAAGUAAUAAAGUUUUUACUUCAUUUAAAACUGACAUGGACAAGAUGUCAAAGAAAGUAAAAAACUUAGAAAAGGAAACCAGCCAAUGGAAAUUGAAGUGGGAAAAUAGCAACAGAGCCCUUAUAGACAUGGCUUCUGAGAAACAAAAGCAAGAUCAGCAGCUUAUUGUGGCACAUCAGCGUAUACUUACUUUGGAAAAAUUGUGUCGUGCUCUCCAAACUGAAAGAAACCAGCUUCAAAGCCAGCUGAAAAAUCAAACCAGUGAUUCUCCACAAUUGGAAAAGAACAAUGAACACCAUGAAUGUUGUGUUUCCUGUACACCAGAAAAGGAGAAUCCAGCCAUUUCCACACAAGAAGUUAAUUUGGAGUAAUAGUUGUUCAGCAUUUUCAUUCAGCUACAGUUGGAAGCAAAGCAUAUUAGAUUAUGUGUGUGUUUACCAAGAUGUGUUAGUAUAUCUGUUCUCUGUGGUUAUUACCUUUUGGUAUGGGAGUGUUCUACAUUGUUAUGAGUUUAAGUACAGCAUUGAAAAUUGUUGCCACCAUUUAGUAAUGCCUAUAAGUCUUAAUUUACAACUAAAAGGCACAAUGGCCCAGGAAUAUAAGCUCUUGUGUGUUUUGGAUUUGGUUUUAAGACCAUCAAAUAAUUUUUCUUACCUGAAAAUUUUAGUUAGUGUAAAACCAUUGUGAAAUAAAUUGAUUUUGUCUGAAUUACCAGAACUGUAUUAUAACAUAAACAUGUAAAUGAAGUACUUGUAAUAAAGUGCCAAAAUUUACUGAAAUAGA